AUGGUGACCAUGCAAAUACGUCUUUGUUGUUCUGGAGGAAGGCUACAAGCUCUGCCUUUUCCUCCUGGCUUAGGCGCGAGCCGAUCCGCGCUGUUCUCUCUGGCUUGUCAGGAUCAAGGGGUACUAGCUCAACGUCCUCCUCGGGCUUCCAUCCUUCUUCAGGAUAGACCUCCGGACGGAUUCCCUCGACUUGGUCCUGAUUCUUUGAUUGCUAUUGGGGAGUAG